AUGGCCGCACUGACGGCUUGGAUCAGCCUCCUGGCGGCGGCCAUGUCGUCUUGGUCUUCUUCGUGGAGGCGGCGGCAGGUGGCACAACCGAAGGGCGGGACAGCCUCGCUCGGGCCCAGAGGCCAGGGCAGCACCAGCGGGGCCAUGCUGCGCUGGCUGCGGGGCUUCGUGCUGCCCAUGGCCGCCUGCCAGGAGGACGAUGACCCCUUCUCCUAUGAGAUCCUCUUCGAAGAGCUAGACCACAACGGGGACGGGGUGGUGGACAUCAUAGAGCUCCGAGAAGGGCUGAAAAUCUGGAACUCCACGUUUGGCAUAGAUUCGGAGAAGGAAAUUUUUAAAGCUGUAGAUACCAAUGCUGACUCAGGAUUGGACUUCAAAGAGUUUUUGCGAUACCUUAAUGACCAUGAGAAAAAAAUGAGGCUGGCAUUUAAUAGUCUGGACUUAAAUAAGGACGGAGUAAUAGAAACUUCAGAAAUAAUCGCUGGUUUGAAGUCAUUGGGUAUAGAUAUUACUGAAGCUCAGGCAAAAAAAAUUCUCCAAAGCAUGGACAGUGAUGGAACAAUGACAGUAGACUGGGAUGAAUGGAAAUACUACUUUUUACUUCAUCCUGCAAAAAAUAUGGGUGAAAUUGCUGGCUUCUGGAAGCAUUCUGCUAUGAUUGACAUAGGGGAGAGCAUAGCUAUUCCAGAUGACUUCACUGAGCAAGAAAAGAGUUCUGGACGUUGGUGGCGGCGUUUGGUGGCAGGAGGAAUAGCUAGCGCGUUUUCAAGGACGUGCACGGCCCCUUUUGACCGUCUGAGAGUCAUGAUGCAGGUUCAUAGUCAAGAGUUAAGGAGAAUGAAGAUAAUUGGUGGGUUUGAGCUGAUGAUAAGAGAAGGAGGAAUUCGUUCUCUUUGGCGAGGAAAUGGUACAAAUGUUUUCAAAAUUGCGCCUGAGACGGCCAUCAAGAUCGGGGCCUAUGAACAGUAUAAGCAAUGGCUUAGUUUUGAUGAUGCUAAAAUAGAAAUUACUCAGAGAUUUAUAUCUGGUUCAAUGGCUGGUGUAACUGCUCAGACCUGUAUUUACCCCAUAGAGGUGAUAAAGACCAGACUGACUGUAGGUAAAACUGGAGAGUACUCAGGGAUUAUUAAUUGUGGCAAGAAGCUUCUGAAACAAGAAGGUGUUAGGACCUUUUACAAAGGCUAUGUCCCUAACAUGCUAAGCAUUAUACCUUAUGCAGGCAUAGAACUCAGUGUUUAUGAGAGUUUGAAGAACUAUUGGCUCGAACGUAAUGCAGAAAGCUCUGUAGAACCUAGCUUAAUGAUUUUGCUGGGAUUUACCACGUUAUCCAACACCAGUGCUCAGGUAGCCAGCUUCCCUCUGACCCUUCUUAGAACACGCAUGCAGGCUCAAGCGCAGAAGGAAAAAACAACUACCAUGAUUCGUCUCGUUCAACAUAUAUACAACAAAGAAGGAAAAAUGGGCUUUUUCAGGGGCCUCACCCCAAAUAUCAUAAAAGUGCUUCCUGCAACAAUCAUCAGCGCUACGGCUUUUGAACUAGCAAAAAGACGGUUGGAAUUAGCUUAGAAGUGAAAUAUGAAAUUGUUGUCAUUACUGUAUCACUUAAUUGUAAGAUAAUACCUGGGUUAUAAAGAGAAAUGGAUCUCUUCCUAAAAGGAAAGUAUCAAAUAAUUGUUAAAACAUUUUCUAUUUACUUAUUUUUUAGAAUAAAAUCUAUAAAUGAAAUAAUCAUUUUGGUAAAGUAGACCCAAUUAUUGCAUCAGAGGUCAAAGUCCCAUGCUGCCUUUUUUAAAAUUAAGAAAUUAAAAUUUAUUAAGUGCCUGCUAUGUGCCAGGUAUUAUUUCAAGACAUUUUAAAAGGUCCUCUUGCUUAAUUCUAAUAACCAUAUUAGAAGAUUGAGGAAGAGAGGGAGGGAGAGGGAGAGAAACAUUGAUGUUAGAGAAACAUCAAUCAGCUGCCUCCUGCAUGCCCCCUACUGGGGAUUUGGCCUACAACCUGGGCAACCUUUUAGUGCCCAGGAUGACGCCCAACCAACUGAGCCACACCGGCCAAGGUUAUCCCAAUUUUCAGUUGAGGAACUAAGUUUAGAGAGGUCAGUGCUUUGGAAAGAUCUUUUAACAUUCUCUCCCUCAUUAAGGAUUGCUCUCGGCAGGGCCUCUGUUUCACACGAAGGCCUACUGUUUGCUGUAAUCCCCGGUAUAGCUUGGAUAUUUUGUAAAAUCUCUUAAAGUGAUGAUUGGGCUGAUUGCCCUUAGGGUACAGCUUCUCAGUUCUCUUAGACUGAGUCUUCCAUACCACUUUCCAAUAAAGGCACCGGGAUUCCUUAGUAGAAAUAGCCAAUGGUAGGACUUGGGAAGGAAACAUACAUG